AUGGUCUUGUCAUGCGGCCCACGAUCCAUUCUCACAAGCGUGGCCGUCCUUCUAAGCUGUCUGGCUCGCGCCGCCAUCUCACAAGCAUCAGAUCCAGAAUCUAAACGUGGUAUAGCCUACCUAGGCACUCCACACUCAAGCGACUAUAACAUCUUCCUCUCCCGCCAGUCGCCCAUAACCUGGUAUUACAACUGGUCACCCUACCCCGUAGGUCGACCCAGCAGCUUCCGAGACAUAGAAUUCGUUCCUCUUUUACACAAUCUCGAAACCCUGUCCGGCGACCUCAACCAACUCCGCAACCUCCCGCAAAGCUCGACACAUCUCCUGACCUUCAACGAGCCAGACCACGACGUUUCCGGUGGUGGCUCGGAUAUCUCUCCCCCAGACGCUGCGCGCGCCUACGUCGAGCAAAUUAACCCGCUUAGCAUCCAAGCUGGCGGACGCUGGCAGAUCUCCCACCCUUCAACGACCGGCACAGGCUCAGGCCUCAACUGGCUCCGCGCCUUCAACGCCUCAUGCUACGAGCUCGACCCAGUCAACGGCUGCCGCAUCGACUUCAUCGCAACACAUUUCUAUGGCGACUUUCCGGCCCUGGCAUCUUGGCUCGGGACCCUGAACGAAUACUACAGCGGUACCACUCCCAACCCCUUACCAAUCUGGAUCACUGAACUCGCGCUUCCACAACAGAGUGCCCAGGCCACGGAAGUAAUGAUGAAUACUACCCUUCCCUACCUCGAUGAUUUAGGAUACGUAGGGCGAUACAGCUGGUUCGGGAUUUUCAGGAGGGAGAAUGCGAAUGCCUGGACGGGCGAUGGCGUUUCGUUGUUGGAUAAUAGUGGGGAUCUGACGAGACUGGGAGCGGAAUAUUUGACGACGGAGAAUGUCACGUUUCGAGCGGGGAUGAGUGCGGAUGAUCGGGAUGCAGCGAGUGAAGGGUGGAGAACGCGAACGAGUGUGUAUGUGAUCGUGACUGUGGUGCUGGGCUUGAUAGGUUUGUUGAGAUUAUGA